AACUCGUCUCGAGACUUGGCCUACUCUUCCUCUCCUCCUCCUCCACCACCUCCACCUCGUCACGUGCACACACGCUGCGACUCCCCCUCUGAAUGUCCGCGUGGAGUCUCGCGACCUGCUGACGCAACUCCGCUGGGACCACGACGCUCAAGUGGACGUCGCCACCAGCAGCAGCUCAAAGCUCCUGGACGUUGCCUACAGAGUGGACAGCAAACUCUAUGGACGAGCCCGCUGGCGGACCGUCUGCGCUGCCACCACAGAGACACGGUGCGAUGUCUCCUCAGCGCUGCGACAUCCCGGCGACCGCUAUCACCUUCGCGUCAGAUCCACCGUCUCAUCACCACCACCAACACCACCAUCAUCCUCACCCUGGGUCGUGGUUGAGGUCUUACCCUUGAAGACAACCGUGCUGAGUGCUCCGACUGUCACCUUGAUGCUGCACAAGAAAUCGACGGUGGAGGUGGAGGACGGUGACGGUGACGAUGAUGAGGAGGAGUGCCGUGAUGAGGAUGAGGACUACGAAGACGAUGACGACCACAAAGAUGACCACGACGAUGACGACGAUGACGAUGAUGAUGACGUCGCUGAUGGUGUGGACCGUGUCAACAACCACCACAGCGAUGAUGACGAUGACGACGAUGAUGAUGAUGACGGUGACGGUGACGUCGCUAAAGGUGUGGACCGUGUCAACAACCACCACAGCGAUGACGACGAUGACCACGACGAUGACGACGAUGAUGAUGACGACGAUGACCACGACUAUGAUGACGACGAUGAUGACGACGAUGAUGACGAUGACGACGACGAUGAUGACGGCGAUGAUGAUGAGGAGGAGGCGGAGUGGUGGGAGCUCACCGUGGGGAUCUCCACGAGGAGUGCGUGGAGGAGGAGAAUGGCGCUUCGCGACGUGGUGCACCACCAGGAGGCAGAGAUCUCCACGAGGGGGGGCGGCACUACCAGCACGAUGAGGGAUCACUUUGUGGGAUGUCGCUACCACCACGCGGUGCCCCCGUCUGGAGGCGAGGUUGAGUACUGCGUCCGCGUGAGAAUUGUGGCCGACUACCCCCGGUGGAAGACAGGGGAGUGGUCUCCACUGUCCUGUGUCUCCGUCCCUCCACCACACAGCGCCGUGGGGGCAUAGUGCCGGCUGCUGCUGGAGAAGGGUGACUGCUGCUGCUGGGCUGUGCGCGAGUCGUCACGUCAGCGG